UACGUUAACUUUACAUAGACACUUGUUAGUUGAUUUCCUGCAUAUAGCUCUCAGCACUCUCUCCUUUCUUAAUAAUCGAACUGAACAUCACUUUUUUUUCACAAGUUUCAAUGAAAGAGUUCCAUCAUUUCUCCAAACUUUCUUCUUACAGCAGGAACAUCAAGCUUCUCCAGAUUCAUACACCAAAAUUUCUUCUUCUAAUUGCAUCAACCUUAAUUCUCGUCACAAUAGUUGUUCAUCAUCAGCAGCACAGAACUCCUUUGUCGAUUUUGAAGGAGGAUGGGAAUAUUCAGAAGUGCAACAUUUUUGAGGGAGAAUGGAUUUGGAAUCCAAAUGCAACAUAUUACACGAAUACUACUUGUAAUCAGAUACACAAUCAUCAAAACUGUAUGAGGUAUGGCCGGCCGGAUACUGAUUUCUUGAAGUGGAGGUGGAAGCCAAAUGACUGUGAACUGCCUGUGUUCGAUCCGUUUGAGUUUUUGGAGCUUGUCCGGGAGAAAUCUUUGGCGUUUGUUGGUGAUUCUGUUGGGAGAAAUCAUAUGCAGUCUUUGUUGUGUCUCCUCUCAAAGGUGGAGAAACCAGUAGACGUUUCAUACACAACAGAUGAGAAUUUCAAAAGAUGGAAUUACCCCAGCUACAAUUUUACUAUUGCCACUUUCUGGACACCACAUUUAGUGAGAACAAAGCAAGCAGAGGAAAACGGACCGACUAAUACUGGCCUCUUCAAUUUAUACCUGGACGAGUACGACUUAGACUGGACAACCCAGAUCGAUGAGUUUGAUUACAUAAUCAUUUCUGCUGGACAUUGGUUCUACCGUCCAGCAAUGUUCUACGAAAACGGCGAACUUGUGGGUUGCUUUUAUUGUUUAAAGGAAGGUGUCAAAGAUCUUGAGAUGUCUUACGGUUAUGGGAAGGCAUUUGAAACAGCAUUCAAAGCGAUAAAUAGCUCACCAAAAUUUAAAGGUACUACAUACUUGAGGACAUUUGCUCCUUCACAUUUUGAAAAUGGAAUUUGGAAUGAAGGAGGGAAUUGUCUAAGGAAAAAGCCGUUGAAGAGUAGUGAAAUUAAAUUAGACGAUCGAGCCUUAUCCUUAUACAAUGCUCAGGUAGACGCAUAUAAGGUUGCAGAAGAAGAGGGAAAGAAGAAUAGAAAGCAGUUUAGGCUACUCGAUACCACACAUCCAACGUUAUUGAGACCAGACGGACACCCAAGUAGUUAUGGACAUUGGCCAGAAGAGAAUGUGACGUUGUAUAAUGAUUGUGUCCAUUGGUGUUUGCCUGGUCCUAUUGAUUCAUGGAGUGAUUUCUUACUGGAGAUGUUGAGAAUGGAUGACUGAGAUUUGAUGUAGAAAUUUGUUUCAUGAAAAUGCUAUUCUUUUGUACUUUAAGUUGUCGAAAGAAAAUCCAAAUUAGUCUCUUCACCAAAAACUUAUCUUUGUUUUUAUAAGAAAAAGAGUUGUCUGCUGGAAAGCAUAAACUCAAUGAUUACAACUAAGUUCUGCAGAGC